CCCAGAGGGCGUGGUCGCCCUGGCAAGAAGGUGACGAGGGGAAAGCAACAUCUUCACCAUCCGUAGGGUGACUUUGUUGUCAGAUGUCCCACCGGCAUUAAACUUCAUACGCUAUGGAAGACCCUAAUUAGCCCAACGUGGUGGGGUGCUCCUGCACGACUUCUUGGUUUACCUCUGGCCGUUUAUAUUUUCCUGUGAGUUUUCAUGGAUUUAGAGACUCAAGUCGCGUUUUAAAGCUUUUUUUUUUUUUGCCGUAGCAUAACGGGAUAGCACCUGGUCAACGCUGUCUUGGCUAAGCCAGGAAGGGUAUCCAGCCUGCAUGGACAGGGCAACAUUCGCCUGUUCCACUGCCUUUUUUCGUGACUACAGCAGUUCAUCUCAGGGUGCGUUCUGCCUCCCCGGAGGACACGUUGACUUUAUUGAAAAAGUAGAAUCAUUCACUUACUCGGACUUUUUCCGGGAUUAUUUGAUUCCCAACCAUCCCUGUAUUUUCUCAGCUAAAUUCACUGAAGACUGGGGCAGCAGGAGAAAUUGGGUUACUUGGGAUGGAAAGCCUAACUUUGAUCAUCUGCUGCAGAAGUUUGGAGAGGCUGUAGUACCUGUUGCCAACUGUGAUGUCAAGGAGUACAAUUCUAACCCGAAGGAGCAGCUUCCCUUCAAGGAGUAUGUAAAGUACUGGAAGGAGUACAUUAAAAAUGACUACCGUUCAUCCCGAGGGUGCCUUUAUCUAAAGGACUGGCACCUGAGCAGAGCUUUCCCCGAGCAAGAUGUUUAUACAACCCCUGUGUAUUUCUCAUCCGACUGGCUGAAUGAAUACUGGGAUGCUAUAGCUGUGGAUGAUUACCGGUUUGUCUACAUGGGACCUAAAGGUUCAUGGACUCCAUUCCAUGCUGAUGUCUUCCGUUCCUAUAGCUGGUCAGCCAAUAUAUGCGGGAGAAAGAAAUGGCUGUUGUCCCCCGCGGGACAGGAGGAGUACCUGAAGGACCGCCAUGGCAACUUGCCCUUCGACGUGACUGCACCUAGUCUUCAGGACAGGAGUGUUUACCCUCGCUACAACCAAAGUCAACCCCCUGUUGAAAUUGUGCAGGAAGCAGGGGAGAUAGUCUUCAUCCCCAGUGGAUGGCAUCAUCAAGUUUACAAUCUGGAGGAUACCAUUUCCAUUAACCACAACUGGGUGAAUGGCUGCAAUGUGGCUAUAAUGUGGUGCUUCCUGCAGGAUGAAUUAGCAGCUGUCCAGCGGGAAAUCAAUGAAUGGAAGGACCCUAUGGAUGAUUGGCACCUACAAUGCCAGUUGAUCAUGAAGUCUUGCACGGGUAUAGACUACAAGGAGUUCUACAACUUCCUCAAAGUUAUUGCAGAGAACAGGAUUUCUGUCUUGGAAAACGGCCUCGAUGACGAAGCUUUGGCAAAGAACACUCCAAAAGCUGCCAUUUCCACCUUGGGCAUGCUCCAUGCGGUGUUUGAUUUGAAGAGGACUGUGAAGGUGUUAACAUCAUUGAGUGCUAAUGAAGAUUUCAAGAAACUAGACCUGACGUCACUUUCUCCACCUCCGGAGGCAUUGCUCCACCACUUGAAAGCAGCAAUAGAUACAGCACUGCUCUAACUUCCUAUUUAUUCAGUUCUUUGUAAAAUGAACCUUUUGCAAAAUGGGUGUUUGUAGAAGACUGACUCCUCCCUGUUUAAUAGCUGUUGCAGUUCAAGUACAAAGAGCCUUAAUAUAGAGUGGGGAGAGAGUACAUUCAUGAGAAGACUGGAUGCUUUUUAAGUUGACAGCAUUUGAGUGUCUAGAGUAAUUGGACAGGGAAAAAAAAAUCUCAGAUAAAGGAAAAACCCAAAUCAUGUUAGUAUUAUAUUAUGAGCCCUGCUGGUGAUUAUGCAUUCAGGGAAGGGGAACAGAAAUUCUCUGUGGAUCAAGCUUAGGUCUGUCGGGGCUAAACACUCGGAUUGCAGUGGUCUGCACCAUAGUCCCUCUGCUUCUGAGGGCGCUGUAUACAGACAGCAAACCUGCACUGCAGACUCCAGCAGUUAAGCUCCGCUUUGGCUGGUCACACCUAAAUUACUUUAAGACCUGUUCUGCUUCCAGGUGCAGCUCAGCCUUUCUUUUACUUUGCUUUUCUUUUCUUUUUUUUAAAUAUUAGAGGACCUUAGUUAGUUAGCUUCCCUUGAAGCCUGAGCUGGCUCAACAGCUGUAGCCUGGAUGCGGAGGAGCUGACUGUACUAUUUUCCUGUACAGUGGCAUCUCUUUAAAGCUGAAAGUCUCGGGUAGAGUCA